AUGGGCGUUUGUGACGAAGGAGAUAUUGUUAAUGUGCAUGGUACUUGUGGUAAUAUGGAACUGGUUGAACACAAGGUAGUUCGAUUUGAUGCAAACGAUUGUUUAAUUGUUAACAGAAGUUUAGAGGGUAAAUCAAGGGCUGUUAACGAUAGCGGAGAUGGAUUGAUCAGUAGUGGGUUGUUUGAUGGUAGUACACUGUUGUUACCCACUGUUAGAUUUGAGGACGUUGAAGAAGAAACUAUUACUCGCUUUUUUCGAGGAAUUAAUGUUAAUGAUGGUGAACGAGCGCGAGAAGGUCGUGUAUUGGUUCUAGUAUGGGGCACAGGUGCUGGAGAUAUUGGUAAUGGUACAAAUGGUGGUAAUGAAUUAGUUGAAUUUGGAAUUGCUGGCGAUGGAAGUUGUGGUAAGAGAAUGUUUGUUGGUAAUGGUUUGGACGAUUGA